CAACCCAGCGGUUCCCAACCCACUGGUGAGCAAAAACAGUGAGUGCGAAGAAGAUAUCUAGAAGAUAGAAGAAGGUAUCAAGCCUAUGCGGUGUAAGAUCACGAGCAAAGAUGGCACCCAAGAGGCAAAAAAGUCCUUCAAGAAAAACAGGUGUUAAAGGAAAAGAGUCAAAGCAGGCAAAGGAUGAGAGGCGUUCGCUGGGUCUGAGGGAUGUUACAUUUCUUCAUUGGAAGGUGAACACGAGGCUCUGCGUGGAUGGAACGAAGCCCAAAAGCUCGUUUUAUCAGAUAACUUCCCUAUUUUUCUUCUCUCAAUUGUUUCUGAACGCUCCUGAAGAUCACCCUGAUGACAUCUACCCCAUCGUCCUGACAACAGCCACCCAGGAGCUCUUUGAAUGCUGCGUUGAUGAGGAUGUCACAGAGCAGAGCCCUUACAAGCUGCUGAACAAGGACGACAUCAUACAGGAUAUUAAGACAAGAGCCGCAGUGUCCGAUUUCCACCCUGUGAAGCAGUUUGUGCUGGACUACCCAGAGGAUGAAAUAAUGCUCGUUUUUGAUGUAGAUUUCACCUAUGGACAGAGUUUUUACCUGGUUCUCACACCAGAAGCCAUGGCUAGAAUAUAUAAUGUUCUGCAGCCCCCACAACCUGAAAUAAUAGAAUUGGUGGAUGAUGUCAUUAAAACCCCAGAACCAAAGCCAUGGAUAUCUCUCGGCAGUGAGCUGGAAGUAGAUCAAGAGUCUGUCAAAGAGACCAGAGAAAAGCUGUGCUACAAGUUCGACUUAAAGCGCAGACCGGGGUUACCUGUCUGUUUUUUUGACCGCAACAGUACAGAGGCUGAGUGUCGCUCCGUGGCGUGUCCUUCCUACCAAGACAGCAGAUUCAGCAUCAAGCAGAUGCAGAGGGACUGCGGGAUGCAGGCUGUUCCCAGGCUGCAGAGCAGCACUGCGGUCUUUCAUGCCCUUCAGCAGGCACACAUAAUGAAUGUGUUCACUGAUGACUUUAAGGCCUUGGGCAUAGGAGCAGAAGCUUCUGACCAGUUAGUGAUGGUUUCUGAAGGCCUGAAGCUUCAAUGGACCUUCACAGACGAGAAGCGCGCCAUGGGCAAGAAAAUCAGCAGCGUCAGCUGGCACCCUACAAUCCAUGGUCUGAUAGCUGUGACUUAUAUAAAGAAACAGGAGGAGCAGCUGGAUAAGUCCACUGUGUACAUCAACAGUCCUGCUUUCAUUGUCUUCUAUGGCUUCCCCGAUCAAUCUAACCCCCGGUUGCUCUUGGAGUGCCCAGAUGACAUUUUUGCCUUCGAGUUCUGCCCUUCGAAUCCAAAUGUUAUUGUUGGUGGCUGCAGGAAUGGCAAGGUGGUGUUGUGGGACAUUUCUUUUCACAUCCCGCACUUACAGGGAACACGGCCUAACAGUAAAAAAGCCUCAGACGCCGACUCUGACACUGACACAUUUGACUUGGGUAACAAAAAAGAGAACAAGACUCCUGUCAUGCGCUACUGUGCAGUUUCUUCCAUAGAAAGCAGCCACAAAUCCCCAGUUACUGAUGUCCAGUGGCUGCCAAAAACAUUUGAGGUGACCAGGACAGGCGUUCCAGUUCAAAACAUUUCUAACAUUUCUGUUCAAGUUGUCACCUGCUCCCCUGACUGCACUGUCAUGUUUUGGGAUCUGCGAGUGCCAAAACUACAGAACCAGUUUCUGGCCGACAGGAAGCAAGAUGUGGAUCAGAAGACCAUGAUGACACCCUUUAGCAUCCCCAAAACUUUCAAACACCUGGACCGGACAUGGAAACCACUCUUGAGGGUUUCCCUGCCAAAGAUUGGUAUAAGUGGAGAGUAUGCUCCUUUGAAGUUCAGCCUAGAACAUUACACCUGUAAUAGUAAUACAGAUAAUGAAAAUGAUGGCGCAGAGGUCCUCCCAGAAUACAGUCAACUCAGAAUACCCUCAGCCAAAACGCUCAAGACCCCGGACAAUGUUAAUACCAAGUUUUAUGUUGGAACAGAGGAAGGAGAGAUUGUCUACACUGACUGGAAACUGGAGGAAGAUGAGUUUGGACGAAAGUUCAGUGCCAAGCCCCUCCUCUGUUUUAGAACUCAUGCCUGGUUUGUGAACACAAUGCAGCGAUCACCCUUUUUCAAAGACAUUCUUUUGACAACAGGAGGUUGGAACUUGGCCAUCUGGAAAGAGGGUGUGAUGGGUGGCCCGAUCUUCAUGGGACCAAGCUCUAAACAAGAGUACAGUGCGGCAUGCUGGUCCCUCUCCCGACCUGCGGUUUUCUUCAUUGGGAGAAAUGAUGGAAGUAUUGAGGUGUGGAACCUGCUCCUAAACACCAGCGAACCUACACACGUCCAUGAACACGUCACCAGUACCAGAAUUACCUGCAUCAAACCCUGUAUCACCUCCUCCAAACAACACUACCUGGCUGUUGCUGACAACCUUGGAGUGCUCCGUGUUUUCAAUGUGCCAAAGGCCCUCCGCUCCCCGGUUAAGAAUGAGGAUUUAAACAUGCAGAUCUUCUUUGACCGAGAGUAUGACAGUCUGAAGGAUUAUUUGGAGUGGGAAGAACUGUGGGCGAAACCGAGAAAGGAGGCAGGCGAGUCUAAAGAACAAGUGGAGCCUGACAAGCCAGUCACAUUCCAGGUAGACAGCGAGGAGGCGGACUUGAAGGAGUACAGUGAUUACCUGAAACUGGAGAAAAGCAUCCUUGAGUAUAUGGGCCUGUGGCCACAUGCUCCAAAAGCCUAGGAUACCUAAUAUCACACCCCUUCACACACACACAUGCACAUAAAUUAAAAUCUUUUUUUCUUACAUUUAUUUAUUGAUUUGUAUAAGUUUAAUGUAAAUAAGAAAACAUUUUACAAUAUGGAAACCUGUUCAAACUGUUCAACACAUUGCCAGUGUUCGUAUGUUUGUGCCUAUUUUUGCAGUAUUUCUUGUAAUUUACAUUGAUUUUACAGUAUACAUUCACAUUGUCCUUGGGUUCAGGCUUCAGGGUCAACAGAUUAUUUUCAUCCAUUCAUCUAAGAUCGAGUUACUGGGUAAUGCCAUCCAUUAGUGCCCUCCUUACCACCACUCCCUAAGGAUACAAAAGUGAUCUGACCUUGACAGAAAGUCAUUAUAUUGCUGUUUAAUUUCAGUAAGUGCCGUAAGAAAUGAAUUUAGAGUCUGGUGUUUUGUGGACAAUUUUGAAUAAAAAGCCAAUGACUGUGGUCACUUUCGCAAAAGCUGUUUGUCAGUAAUCCUGACUUGUAAGUGAUCAUUAUGGCUUAA